UGCUGAGCUUCCCAACGGACCCUGGAGAUACCUGCUGCCCCCGCUUGCAGGGAAAGAUGAUUCCUGCCAGACUUGCGAGCGUGCUGCUGGCUCUGGCCCUCACCUUGCCAGGGACCCUUUGUACAAAAGGGACUGUUGGCAGGUCAUCGAUGGCCCGAUGCAGCCUCUUUGGAGGCGACUUCAUCAACACCUUUGAUGAGAGCAUGUACAGCUUUGCGGGAGAUUGCAGUUACCUCCUGGCUGGGGACUGCCAGAAACAUUCCUUCUCACUUAUCGGGGGCUUCCAAAAUGGCAAGAGAGUGAGCCUCUCCGUGUAUCUCGGAGAAUUUUUUGGCAUCCAUUUGUUUGUCAAUGGUACUGCGCUGCAGGGGACCCAAAACAUCUCUAUGCCCUAUGCCUCCAACGGGCUGUACCUGGAGACCGAGGCUGGAUCCUACAAGCUGUCCAGUGAGGCCUACGGCUUUGUGGCCAGAAUUGACGGCAGUGGCAACUUUCAAGUCCUGCUGUCAGACAGAUACUUCAACAAGACCUGUGGGCUCUGUGGCGACUAUAACAUCUUUGCCGAGGAUGACUUCAGGACACAAGAAGGGACCUUGACCUCGGACCCCUACGACUUCGCCAACUCCUGGGCCCUGAGCAGCAGGGAACAACGGUGCAAACGGGUGUCCCCUCCCAGCAGCCCAUGCAAUGUCUCCUCUGAGGAAAUGCAGCAGGACCCAUGGGAGCAGUGCCAGCUUCUGAAGAGCGCCUCGGUGUUUGCCCGCUGCCACCCUCUGGUGGACCCUGAGCCUUUCAUGGCCCUGUGCGAAAGGGCUCUGUGCACAUGUGCCCGGGGGCUGAGGUGCCCUUGCGAGGUCCUCCUGGAGUACGCCCGGGCCUGUGCCCAGCAGGGGAUGGUCUUGUACCGCUGGACUGACCACAGCACCUGCCGACCGGCAUGCCCGGCAGGCAUGGAGUACAAGGAGUGCGUGUCCCCUUGCACCAGAACUUGCCAGAGCCUGCACGUCCAAGAAGUGUGUCAGGAGCAAUGCGUGGAUGGCUGCAGCUGCCCUGAGGGACAGCUCCUGGAUGAAGGCCGCUGCGUGGGGAGCGCUGAGUGUUCCUGUGUGCAUGCCGGGGAGCGGUACCCUCCGGGCUCCUCCCUCUUGCAGGACUGCAACACUUGCAUUUGCCGAAAUAGCCUGUGGAUCUGCAGCAAUGAAGAAUGCCCAGGGGAGUGUCUUAUCACAGGACAAUCCCACUUCAAGAGCUUUGACAACAGGUACUUCACCUUCAGUGGGGUCUGCCAGUACCUGCUGGCCCAGGACUGCCAGGACCACACCUUCUCUAUUGUCAUCGAGACUGUGCAGUGUGCUGAUGACCCGGAUGCUGUCUGCACCCGCUCAGUCACUGUCCUCCUGCCCCGACUGCACAACAGCCUUGUGAAGUUGAAGCACGGGGGAGGCGUGUCCAUGGACGGCCAGGAUGUCCAGAUCCCUCUCCUGCAAGGUGACCUCCGCAUCCAGCACACCGUGAUGGCCUCCGUGCGCCUCAGCUACGGGGAGGACCUGCAGAUGGACUGGGAUGGCCGUGGGAGGCUGCUGGUGAUGCUGUCCCCAGUCUACGCGGGGAAGACGUGCGGCCUGUGCGGGAAUUUCAACGGCAACAGGGGAGACGACUUCAUCACGCCCGCAGGCCUGGUGGAGCCCCUGGUGGAGGACUUCGGGAAUGCCUGGAAGCUGCACGGGGACUGUGAAGACCUGCAGAAGCAGCACAGCGAUCCGUGCAGCCUCAACCCGCGCCUGACCAGGUUUGCGGAGGAGGCGUGCGCCCUGCUGACGUCCUCCAAGUUCGAGGCCUGCCACCGCGCCGUGGGCCCUUUGCCCUACGUGCAGAACUGCCGCUACGACGUCUGCUCCUGCUCCGACGGCAGAGACUGCCUUUGCAGCGCCGUGGCCAACUACGCCGCCGCCUGUGCCCGGAGAGGCGUGCACAUCGGGUGGCGGGAGCCCGGCUUCUGUGCGCUGAGCUGCCCACAGGGCCAGGUGUACCUGCAGUGUGGGACCCCCUGCAACAUGACCUGCCGCUCCCUUUCUUACCCGGAUGAGGACUGCGACGAGGUCUGCUUGGAAGGCUGCUUCUGCCCCCCAGGGCUGUACCUGGAUGAGAGAGGAGACUGUGUGCCCAAGGCCCAGUGCCCCUGCUACUAUGAUGGCGAGAUCUUUCAGCCCGAAGACAUCUUCUCGAACCAUCACACCAUGUGUUACUGUGAGGAUGGCUUCAUGCACUGCACCACGAGCGGAGCCCCAGGCAGCCUGCUGCCCAACACCGUGCUCAGCAGUCCCCUGUCUCACCGCAGCAAAAGGAGCCUGUCUUGCCGGCCCCCCAUGGUCAAGUUGGUGUGCCCCACUGAUAACCUGAGAGCUGAAGGGCUCGAGUGUGCCAAAACUUGCCAGAACUAUGACCUGCAGUGCAUGAGCACAGGCUGCGUCUCCGGCUGCCUCUGCCCCCCGGGGAUGGUCCGACAUGAGAACAAGUGUGUGGCGCUGGAAAGGUGUCCCUGCUUCCACCAAGGCAGAGAGUAUGCCCCAGGAGAAACCGUGAAAAUUGACUGCAACACUUGCGUCUGUCGGGACCGGAAGUGGAACUGCACGGACCACGUGUGUGACGCCACGUGCUCUGCCAUCGGCAUGGCUCACUACCUCACCUUCGACGGGCUCAAAUACCUGUUCCCCGGGGAGUGCCAGUACGUCCUGGUGCAGGAUUACUGUGACAGUAAUCCUGGGACCUUCCGGAUCCUGGUGGGGAACGAAGGGUGCAGCUACCCUUCAGUGAAAUGCAAGAAGCGGGUCACCAUCCUGGUGGAAGGAGGAGAGAUUGAACUGUUUGAUGGGGAGGUGAAUGUGAAGAAGCCCAUGAAGGACGAGACCCACUUUGAGGUGGUGGAGUCGGGUCAGUAUGUCAUCCUGCUGCUCGGCAAGGCACUCUCUGUGGUCUGGGACCACCGCCUGAGCAUCUCCGUGAGCCUGAAGCGGACAUACCAGGAACGGGUGUGUGGCCUUUGUGGGAAUUUUGAUGGCAUCCAGAACAAUGACUUCACCAGCAGCAGCCUCCAGGUGGAGGAGGACCCGGUGGACUUUGGGAAUUCCUGGAAAGUGAACCCGCAGUGUGCCGGCACCAGCAAAGUGCCCCUAGACUCGUCUCCUGCCGUCUGCCACAACAACAUCAUGAAGCAGACGAUGGUGGACUCCUCCUGCAGGAUCCUCACCAGUGAUAUUUUCCAGGACUGCAACAGGCUGGUGGACCCUGAGCCCUACCUGGACAUUUGCAUCUACGACUCUUGCUCCUGUGAGUCCCCCGGGGACUGCGCCUGCUUCUGUGACGCUGUUGCUGCCUACGCCCAUGUGUGUGCCCAGCACGGCAAGGCGGUGGCCUGGAGGACAGCCACUCUGUGUCCCCAGAACUGCGAGGAGAGGAAUCUCCACGAGAAUGGGUAUGAGUGCGAGUGGCGCUAUAACAGCUGUGCCCCUGCCUGUCCCACCACGUGUCAGCACCCCGAGCCGCUGGCGUGCCCCGUGCAGUGUGUCGAAGGCUGCCAUGCACACUGCCCUCCAGGGAAAAUCCUGGACGAGCUUUUGCAGACUUGCAUCGACCCUGAAGAUUGUCCUGUGUGUGAGGUGGCUGGUCGUCGCUUGGCCCCGGGAAAGAAGAUCACCUUGAACCCCGAUGACCCCGAGCACUGCCAGAUUUGUCAUUGUGAGGGCGUCAACCUCACCUGUGAGGCCUGCAGGGAACCUGGAGGCCUCGUGGUGCCCCCCACAGAAGGCCCCAUUGGCUCCACCACCCCGUAUGUGGAGGACACCCCAGAGCCACCUCUCCAUGACUUCUACUGCAGCAAGCUUCUGGACCUGGUUUUCCUGCUAGAUGGCUCCUCCAAGCUGUCUGAGGACGAGUUUGAAGUGCUGAAAGUCUUUGUGGUGGGCAUGAUGGAGCGUCUGCACAUCUCCCAGAAGCGGAUCCGCGUGGCCGUGGUGGAGUACCACGAUGGCUCCCAUGCCUAUAUUGAGCUCAAGGACCGGAAGCGACCCUCGGAGCUGCGGCGCAUUGCCAGCCAGGUGAAGUACGUGGGCAGCGAGGUGGCCUCCACCAGCGAGGUCUUGAAGUACACACUGUUCCAGAUCUUCGGCAAGAUCGACCGCCCUGAAGCGUCCCGCAUCUCGCUGCUCCUCAUGGCCAGCCAGGAGCCCCCGAGGCUGGCCCGGAAUUUGGUCCGCUACGUGCAGGGCCUGAAGAAGAAGAAAGUCAUUGUGAUCCCCGUGGGCAUCGGGCCCCAUGCCAACCUCAAGCAGAUCCGAAACAUCGAGAAGCAGGCCCCCGAGAACAAGGCCUUUGUGCUCAGUGGUGUGGACGAGCUGGAGCAGCGAAGAGACGAGAUUAUCAGCUACCUCUGUGACCUUGCCCCGGAAGCACCUGCCCCUACUCAGCACCCAUCUAUGGUCCCGGUCACUGUGGGUCCGGAGCUCUUGGGGGUUCCCUCAUCGGGACCCAAAAGGAACUCCAUGGUUCUGGAUGUGGUGUUUGUCCUGGAAGGGUCAGACAAAAUUGGUGAGGCCAACUUUAACAAGAGCAGGGAGUUCAUGGAGGAGGUGAUUCAGCGGAUGGACGUGGGCCAGGACAACAUCCGUAUCAUGGUGCUGCAGUACUCCUACACGGUGGCCGUGGAGCACACCUUCAGCGACACCCAGGCCAAGGCGGAGGUCCUGCAGCACGUGCGGGAGAUCCGAUACCGGGGCGGCAACAGGACCAACACUGGGCUGGCCCUGCAGUACCUGUCUGAACACAGCUUCUCUGUCAGCCAGGGGGAUCGGGAGCAGGUCCCUAACCUGGUCUACAUGGUCACAGGAAACCCCGCCUCUGAUGAGAUCAAGCGGAUGCCUGGAGACAUCCAGGUGGUGCCCAUUGGAGUGGGCCCUCACGCCGAUGUGCAGGAGCUGCAGAGUAUUAGCUGGCCCAAUGCCCCCAUCCUUAUUCAGGACUUUGAGACGCUCCCCCGAGAGGCACCUGAUCUGGUGCUGCAGAGGUGCUGCUCUGGAGAGGGGCCGCAGCCCCCCACCCUCGCCCCCACCCCAGACUGCAGCCAGCCCCUGGACGUGGCCCUCCUCCUGGACGGCUCCUCCAGUUUUCCCAAUUCUUACUUUGAGGAGAUGAAGAGUUUUGCCAAGGCUUUCAUUUCAAGAGCUAAUCUAGGGCCCCAGCUCACGCAGGUCUCGGUGCUGCAAUACGGGAGCUCCACCACCACGGCUGUGCCAUGGAACGUGGCCUACGAGAAAGCUCACCUCCUGAGCCACGUGGACCUCAUGCAGCGGGAGGGAGGCCUCAGCCACAUCGGGGAUGCUUUGGAGUAUGCUGUGCGAUACGUCACCUCCGAAGUGCAUGGUGCCAGGCCCGGAGCCUCGAAGGCAGUGGUCAUCCUCGUCACGGAUGUCUCUGCGGAUUCAGUGGAUGCUGCAGCCGAUGCUGCCACGUCCAACCGAGUGACGGUGUUCCCCAUUGGAAUCGGGGAUCGGUAUGAUGAGGCCCAGCUGAGGAGGCUGGCAGGCCCAAACGCCGGCUCCAAUGUGCUGAGGCUCCAGCGAAUCGAAGAUCUCUCCACCAUGGCCACCCUAGGAAAUUCCUUCUUCCACAAGCUGUGCUCUGGGUUCGUUAGAGUUUGUGUGGAUGAGGAUGGGAACGAGAAGAGGCCUGGGGACGUCUGGACCUUGCCAGACCAGUGCCACACGGUGACUUGCCUGCCAGAUGGCCAGACCUUGCUGAAGAGUCAUCGGGUCAACUGUGACCGAGGGCCGAGGCCUUCCUGCCCCAAUGGCCAGCCCCCUCUCAGGGUGGAGGAGACCUGUGGCUGCCGCUGGACCUGCCCCUGUGUGUGCAUGGGCAGCUCUACCCGGCACAUCGUGACCUUUGAUGGGCAGAACUUCAAACUGACUGGCAGCUGUUCAUAUGUCCUAUUUCAAAACAAGGAGCAGGACCUGGAGGUGAUUCUCCAUAAUGGUGCCUGCAGCCCUGGGGUGAGGCAGGCCUGCAUGAAAUCCAUCGAGGUGAAGCAUGACGGCCUCUCAGUUGAGCUCCACAGCGAUAUGCAGCCGACAGUGAAUGGGAGACUGGUCCCUGUCCCAUAUGUGGGUGGGGACAUGGAAAUCAAUGUCUACGGCACCAUCAUGUAUGAGAUCAGACUCAACCAUCUUGGCCACAUCUUCACGUUCACUCCACGAAACAAUGAGUUCCAGCUGCAGCUCAGCCCCAAGACCUUUGCUUCAAAGACGUAUGGUCUUUGUGGGAUCUGUGACGAGAACGGAGCCAAUGACUUUAUGCUGAGGGAUGGCACGGUCACCACAGACUGGAGAGUGCUCGUCCAGGAAUGGACCGUGCAGCAGCCGGGGAGGAUGUGCCAACCGGUCUCCUGGGAGCAGUGUCCCGUCUCCAGCAACUCCCACUGCCAGGUCCUCCUCUCAGAAUUGUUUGCUGAGUGCCACAAGGUCCUCACUCCAACCACCUUUUACGCCAUGUGCCAGCAAGACAGUUGCCACCAGGAGCAGGUGUGUGAGGUGAUCGCCUUGUAUGCCCACCUCUGUCGGACCAAGGGGGUCUGUGUUGACUGGAGGAGGACCAGUUUCUGUGCAAGGCAGGAUGGGGGCAUCACCUCGUGCUGCCCCUCAGCCUGCAGGAAGGACGAGUGCAGAAGGGAGUCCCCGCCCUCUUGCCCCCCGCACCGGACACCAACCCUUCGGAAGACCCAAUGCUGUGAUGAGUACGAGUGUGCCUGCAACUGUGUGAACUCCACGGUGAGCUGCCCUCUGGGGUACCUGACCUCGGCCAUCACCAACGACUGUGGCUGCACCACGACAACCUGCUUCCCUGACAAGGUGUGUGUCCACCGAGGCACCAUCUACCCUGUGGGCCAGUUCUGGGAGGAGGGCUGUGACGUGUGCACCUGCACUGACUUGGAGGACUCUGUGAUGGGCCUGCGUGUGGCCCAGUGCUCCCAGAAGCCCUGUGAGGACAACUGCCGGUCGGGCUUCACUUACGUCAUCCAUGAAGGCGAGUGCUGUGGAAGGUGUCUGCCAUCUGCCUGUGAGGUGGUCAUUGGUUCACCACGGGGGGACUCCCAGUCUCACUGGAAGAAUGUUGGCUCUCACUGGGCCUCCCCUGACAACCCCUGCCUCAUCAAUGAGUGUGUCCGCGUGAAGGAAGAGGUCUUUGUGCAACAGAGGAAUGUCUCCUGCCCCCAGCUGGAUGUCCCCAACUGCCCCAUGGGUUUCCAGCUGAGUUGUAAGACCUCAGAGUGUUGUCCCACCUGUCGCUGCGAGCCCCUGGAGGCCUGCAUGCUCAAUGGCACCAUCAUUGGGCCCGGAAAAAGUCUGAUGAUUGAUGUGUGCACGACUUGCCGCUGCACCAUCCAGGUGGGAGUCAUCUCUGGAUUCAAGCUGGAGUGCAGGAAGACCACCUGCGAGGCCUGCCCCCUGGGUUACAAGGAAGAGAAGAACCAAGGUGAAUGCUGUGGGAAAUGUCUGCCUACGGCUUGCACCAUUCAGCUAAGAGGAGGACAGAUCAUGACACUGAAGCGUGAUGAGAUGCUCCAGGAUGGCUGUGAUAGCCACGUCUGCAAGGUCAAUGAGAGAGGAGAGUACAUCUGGGAGAAGAGGGUCACAGGCUGCCCACCCUUUGAUGAACACAAGUGUCUGGCCGAGGGAGGGAAAAUCAUGAAAAUUCCAGGCACCUGCUGUGACACAUGUGAGGAGCUGGAAUGCAAGGAUAUCACGGCCAGGCUGCGGUAUGUCAAGGUGGGAGACUGUAAGUCGGAAGAGGAAGUGGACAUUCAUUACUGCGAGGGUAAAUGUGCCAGCAAAGCCUUGUACUCCAUCGACACGGAGGAUGUGCAGGACCAGUGCUUCUGCUGCUCGCCCACUCGCACGGAGCCCAUGCAGGUGCCCCUGCGCUGCACCAACGGCUCCCUGGUCUACCACGAGAUCCUCAACGCCAUGCAGUGCAAAUGCUCCCCCAGGAAGUGUAGCAAGUGAGGCCGCUGCCCUGGACGCCUGCUGUCACCUGCCUCACCAGAGACCGGGCCUGCCAGAGCGCGGCUGCUUGCUCCUCGUGCUCCGCUCUUGGGCGCUCCUGAGCCCACAAUAAAGGCCAAUCUCUCCCCCUGCAAAA